AUGGCAGACUCUGAUGCGCAAGAGACUCGCCAACCUGCCAAAGACUCUCCGUUCUCCAUCAAGAACCUGCUGAAUAUUGAGGACAAACCCACAAAGCCGAAAAGCCUCCUGGGAUCAUCUAAAGGAGUGUUUGAAGGCAGCUUUUUCUCUCGGCUCGGGGACUUAUCUUUCCCUCGGUUUGAGUUACCCGCACAGAGAAUCGGACUGUCAGCGCAGUAUUUAGAGAGAGCAUCCACCUGGUGGUACCCGUACACGCUCGGGGCUCAUCUCAGGACUGCAGGCUCUGAAAAGGCCAACUUGAGGGAAGCUUCGCCGGCCCCUGACAGACGCUCCCCUGAUCUCCAAAAAAGUGACCAAGAUGCCAAAGAGGAAAGCGCAGACGAAGACAUCACUCUAGAUGAAAGUGACUCAGAAGAGCCAAAGAAAGAAACAGACCAGGAGGACGACUGGAGGAGAAAAACAGACGAUCUGGACUCGGAGAGGAAGCCCUGUCGGAAGAAGAAGACGCGCACGGUGUUCUCCAGGAGCCAGGUGUUCCAGCUGGAGUCCACCUUCGAUAUAAAGCGAUACUUGAGCAGCUCGGAGCGCGCCGGCCUGGCCGCGUCGCUGCACCUGACGGAGACGCAGGUGAAGAUCUGGUUUCAGAACCGGAGGAAUAAGUGGAAACGGCAGCUGGCCGCGGAGCUGGAGGCGGCCAACCUGAGCCAUGCGGCGGCGCAGAGGAUUGUGCGGGUGCCCAUACUUUACCACGAGAACGGAGCCUCGGAGUCGACUGGGGGGCCUGCUGGAAACUCACCGAGUAACCAGUCUCUGCUGGCUUUUCCUCACCACAUGUACUAUUCUCACCCUGUGCCUCUGCUCAGGCCUGUUUAACGUUGGCUGCGUCAUUACGCGCUGUACAUAUGUUUU